AUGCCGCCAUCAGGGACCUCUGGGCUGUACGGUGCUCCGAUCGAGUAUAUUCAAGAUCGCCUUUACCUGGCUUCUUAUCAUAGCCCACCCUCCGAGAAUACUCCCUUUCCGUUUCUCGCAGCGCCUCCAAAGUCUCCCAGCAAGAAGCGAGCUGGCGCGAGUACUCCCUCCAGAAAGCACCAGGCCAAGGCCCCCGUUUAUUUCAAUAUCGAUGGUUUGCUCCUGUACAAUUCUUUCCAUGCAGACUUUGGCCCCCUCCAUAUCGGUCACCUGUACAGAUUCGCGGUACACUUUCAUGAGAUCCUGGGAGACCCAGAAAAUACCGAUCGUCCAGUGGUUCUGUGGACCAAACCAGACCCUCGAAGCAGGGCAAAUGUUGCAUGUGUCGUAGCUUGCUAUAUGGUGCUGAUUCAAUCCUGGCCUCCUCACCUAGCACUGGCCCCGAUUGCCCAGGCAGACCCACCAUACAUGCCAUUCAGAGAUGCCGGGUACAGCCAGGCGGACUUUGUCCUUACUAUCCAGGACGUCGUAUACGGCGUCUGGAAGGCCAAAGAGGAAGGCCUUUGCGGGCUAAAGGAUUUCAGUCUAGAAGAAUACGAAAAGUACGAGCGAGUUGAUAUGGGUGAUUUCAACUGGAUCACUCCAAGCUUCCUUGCAUUUGCGUCGCCGCAACAUUCUCCCACCGCAGUUGUUCCUCAGAACACUCCUGAAUUCGCUGCUUUGCCUUCCACUAUCGAGCAGAUACAGGACAGCGAGCUGCCAGUUCCCUUUAAGAAUGUGCUUACCCAUUUCUCAACCAGAAAUGUUGGCCUGGUUGUACGCCUCAACUCCGAACUGUACAGUCCAUCGUACUUUACUGCACUUGGAAUCAACCACAUCGACAUGAUAUUCGAAGACGGAACCUGCCCACCCCUCCCAUUGGUAAAGCGGUUUAUCAAGAUGGCACACGAGAUGAUCACCAUCAAAGAGAAGGGAAUUGCAAUUCACUGCAAGGCUGGUCUUGGACGAACUGGCUGCUUAAUAGGGGCGUAUCUCAUCUAUCGAUAUGGAUUUACUGCGAAUGAAAUCAUCGCAUUUAUGCGCUUCAUGCGCCCGGGUAUGGUUGUUGGGCCGCAACAGCAUUGGCUCCAUCUGAACCAAGGAAGUUUCCGUGAAUGGUGGUUCGAAGACCAGCUUAAGGAGAAACUCUCCCUGCCUACCCCCACCACCCCAGGGCGUGUAUCCUCUAAACAAAGACUCAAUGGCAGCCAGACAGCAACACCACCACAUGGAAACCAAGCCAAGAGAGCUGCUCUUGGUGAAAUUGAUACCAAUGAGAGUGUCAACGGCUACGCAGAUGAGAAUCUUCCUGCUCCAACUCCAGGACAACCAAGAAAGUCACAUCGCAAAGACUCAAGGCACCACCCAUAUGCCCGUACGCCAUCUACCAGUCUAGGGGGUGUAGCUGCAUCCCCGAGACGAGGCCUGUCUAGAACCCAUUCGAAUAACCGGGCCGACAGCGAUGAGGAGAUUCAAGCUCUUGUCAACCGUGUUACUUCCCCACGGACCCCUGUUUCCACCUCUCAGCGAUCCCUUAGCCAUUCUGCUACCCUGACCCCCGAGAUAGACAUCCAUGAAGACGUGGAGAACUGGGUUGGUGACUCCGGUUCACCAAAACCCAAGACUCCAUCCAACACAAAGAGUGGAAGCGGAGUUCUAGGAGUGAGCAAGCAGCGGUCCAACCCAAGACGAACAGCCGACAGCCGGACUGAAUCUCGUGGAGUCCGCAAGUCAAGUGGAAGAAUCGGGAGUGCUGGUAAUAUCGCCAAGGCGAAGAACAUCUGA